UUGGGACGUGGCCAGAGCGACAGAGGGAGGACUGUUUAUUUCAGCCUAGUUUAAAUACAGCAGCAGUAGUGCAGGAGACGGGCAGUUCGGAUGAUGGACUGAAGUGUUGCCUGAUGACCACAGCAUCGUAGAGAGCUUUCUGCACUGUUCGUCGUGACAGCUUGGCGCUAGUGUCUGUGUUCCCCGCACGCAUGCGCACACCCAGCACUGGUUAAACUGCAGAACCACUCUGUAUCAACUGUGGGUCUGGACUGAAUCCUUUAUCAUCAGUCAUUUAGUUUCUCUGCCAUGACAAUCAGGAAAAACGGUAUUUGUAGUCUGUUGUUUUGAUGCCCAUGAUCUGGAGGAAACUGAAGUUAUUUUCAGUGGAGAUUUUAAUUAUCUACUUGUAUUUUGUUUAAUAAUAAAACAAUAAUAACACUUCACUACUCUCUAUUUGUAUUUUGCUUAAUAGCAAAAUACAAUACCUACGUAUCACUGAAUUGCUUGUUGUUAUCAAUAAGAUACCGCAUUGUGACACAUUAGUGAACCCUUUUGGUGACGUGUUUAAAGAAAUAAAAUAAUAAUACAAUGCAUAACAUCAUGCAGAUACAUGGCAAGAGCUUUAGUUAAUGUUCACAUCAAAUAUCAGAAAUGCCGGGGGGGUAGGUCACUAAGUUUCAGGGUGCCAUGGUUGCAGACUGAAUCGAGCUGACAGUUGUGGUGAGCAGAAAACCAUCUCAGAAUGUACAGCACAUCGAUCCUUGAGGCAGAUGGACUACAUCAGCAGAAGACCAUGUCAGGUUCUACUUCUGUCAUCCAAGAACGAAAAGCUGAGGCUGUAGUGGCAACAGACUCACCAAAGCUGGACAGGUGUAGACUAGUUUGGUCUGAUAAAUCUCGAUUUCUGCCGAGGCACACAGAUGGUAGGGUCAGAAUUUGGCACCAACAGAAUGAUCCAUGGACCCAACUUGCCUUGUGUCAACAGUCCAGCCUGGUGGAGGUGGUGGAAUGUGAUUCGGAACGUUUUCUUGGUACACUUUGUGCCCUGUUAAUACCAAUCGCUGGAUUGCCACAGCCUAAUGUUGCUGAUCAUGUGCAUCCCUUCAUGGCCACGAUUUUCCCAUCUUCUAACAGCUACUUCUAGCAUGAUAAUGUACCAUGUCACAAAGCAAAUGUCGUUUCAAACUGGUUUCAAGAACACAACAAUGAGUUCUGUGUUCUUCAUUGAACCUUCCAGUUACUGGAUCUGAAUCAAGUAGAACAUCUUUGAGAUGUGGUAGAACAGGAAAUUCACAGCAUGAAAGUGCCUCUGAAAAAUCUGCAAAAUCCAUGCCAUGAAGAAUUGAGGCUGUUUUGAGAGCAAAGGGAGGCCCAACCCAGUAUUAGUAUAAUAAAGUGUUCAGUGAGUGUAUAAGCAGAUGUUCCAUUGAUUUGCUCACCUUUCUAGAUGUUUCACAAUCCUUAGUUUUCAUAGAGUUAUUAUUGUACCAAGUGGUCAAAAAUGGGAACUGCAAUAAGUGCUAAUAGAGUUAUCAACCAUGUUAACUGCUUUGUACAAAAGGUAAGAUUUUCCCCACACUUAAUCUCUACUAUUGUAGCAAGUGUUCAUAUGGAUGUUAUCUAAAAUGGUUUUGCACAAACCUUUGGAGUCUUUGCUAGCUUGAGUGCACACUGUCAUUAAAGCAAAAAAGGGGGGCGUACCAAAUAUAAGAAACUCUGAAAUAUAUGUAAUUAUUUCAAAGAUUCUACUUUUCACUCAUGUUCUUGUCAGUAAUUUAAUUUGUAAUGAAAAUUGUUGUAUUAAUUUAGAAAAUCAUGCAAAAUAGAAGCAUUUUUAUUAGUGGCCUCAGACUUUUGGACACCACUGAACAUUCUUUCACCAAAUGACAUGCUAUUAAAUUGAGGAGCUCUUCAAAUGUGGAACUGACACAAAGAAUGAAAAAGUCUUCAGUUUUAUCUUAAUGAGUGCAAUGAUUUACAAGUCUCAUAAACCCAUAUGUUAUUCAGAAUAGAACAUAGAAAACAUAUAAAAUGUUUAAACUGAGGAAAUGUACCAUUUUAAUACAAAUAUAAGGUAAUUUUGAAUUUGAUGGUAGCAACACAUUUUUAAAAAGUUGGGACGGGGGCAACAAAAGGCUGGAAAAGUAAGUGUUAUUUAAAAGGAACAGCUGGAGGUUCAUUGGGAACAGGUCAGUAACAUGAUUGGGUAUAAAAAGAGUAUCUUAGAGAGGCAGAGUCUCUCAGAAGUAAAGAUGAGCAGAGGUUCACCAAUCUGCGAAAAACUGCAUCUACAAAUUGUGGAACAAUUUCAGAAUAAUGUUCAACAUAAAAUUGCGAAGACUUUGAAUAUCUCAUCAUGUACAGUAUGUAAUAUCAUAAAAAGAUUCAGAGAAUCUGGAGAAAUCUCUGUGUGCAAGGGACAAGGGUGAAAAUCAAUAUUGCAUGCCUCUGCUCUUCGGGCCCUCAGGCGGCACUGCAUUAAAAACAGGCAUGAUUCUGUAAUGGAAAUCACUGCAUGGGCUCAGAAACACCUCCAGAACUCAUUGUCUGAGAACACAGUUCGCCGUGCCAUCCACAAAUGUAGGUUAAAGCUCUGUACUGCAAAGAAAAAGCCUUAUGAGAACAUGAUCCAGAAACGCCGCCAUCUUCUCUGGGCCAAAGCUCAUUUAAAAUGGAGUGAGGCAAAGUGGAAAGCUGUUAUGUGGUCAGACAACCCAGGACUGUUAAGCAGCUAGAGUCCUGUAUCAGGCACAAAUGGGACAACAUUUCUCUCACAAAACUCCAGCAACUAAUCUCCUCAGUUCCCAGACAUAUAGGGACUGUUUUUAAAAGAAGAGGGAAUGCUACACAGUGGUAAACAUGGCUCUGUCCCAACUUUUUUUUAGAUGUGUUGCUGCCUUCAAAUUCAAAAUUACCUUAUUUCUUCCUUAAAAUGGUAAAUUUCCUCAGUUUAAACAUUUGAUAUGUUUUCUAUGUUCUAUUGUGAAUAACAUAUGGGUUUAUGAGAUUUGCAAAUCAAUACAUUCUGUUUUUAUUUACAUUUUACACAGCACCCCAACUUUUUUUGAAUUGCUGUUAUAUAUUGAGCUGUUGAUAUAUUGUCAACUUUUCAACCUUGAAUGUGUAUAUUGGAUCAUUUAUACAUUUACAUUUCUAUUAUGCAAACUUUUCCAUAUUCAGACCAGACAGCACUAGAGCAGCAUCACUGCCUGGCAUAAAUACUAUAUUACUUAUUACACUAUAUUAUACUAUUUUACACCUGUCUAAUCACCAGUAAGUGUGUUCAUCUUACCAAAGCCUAACCUAGCAUGUAGCCACAAAAGUGGCUUCCUCCAGACCAGGUUCAUUUAAGGGAAAAUAUUUAUUUGACAUGAUUCAUGGAUUGCAAAAUUAUUCCUAUUAGAAUCCAAACCAUAGCUGCUUUCUUUCCAUGUAGAAUUUGACUGCUUUUAAAUGACUGAAUUUAUCUUUAUCAACUCAGAAAUUUGUGUACUCUGUAAUACAUAUCAUAAUGUUACAUGUCAAAUGUACCUUAUGAAGAUUUUUUUAAUGAUAUAACUAUAUGAAAAAUUAAAAAAGUUCAAUUGUGAUGCAUUGGUACGUGCAACCUUAAGGAAACUUAACAUUCUUGCAUUCUGUGCGCUUACUUUUCCUCAGAGUCGGACCAUGAAUUACGUGGGACAGCUAGCCGGUCAGGUCUUUGUGCAGGUGAAGGAGCUAUACCGAGGCCUGAACCCAGCCACCCUGUCUGGCUGUAUAGAUGUCAUUGUGGUGCGUCAGCCUGACAGCUCCCUACAGUGUUCACCCUUCCAUGUCCGCUUUGGCAAGAUGGGUGUUCUGAGGUCGAGGGAAAAAUUGGUUGACAUAGAGAUUAAUGGAGAGCCAGUAAGCCUACACAUGAAACUGGGGGAGAAUGGUGAAGCCUUUUUUGUCAGGGAGACUGAAAGUGACAUGGAGGUGGUACCAUCCCAUCUGGCCACAUCUCCAAUAAUGACUGAUGGCUUAGCAUUGAUGGAAUCCCAGAUGGGAAAAAGUGUCUCUCGUCUGAUUGAGCCUACAACUGGAACUUCCAUCCAAUCUGUUGGCCCCCCAGGAGAGAAUGGUAUGAAGAAGAGGAGGAAGAGGAGAAAGAAGUCCAAAUUAGACAGUGUGAAGCGAGGGGACAAUGGAGACUCAGAGAAUGAGGACAUGUUUCCCAUUGAUUUGAGUUCUGAUGAAGACACAGACACCACACCUAGCAGAGCUAUGUCAUAUGACCCAUAUGCUGAACAGGUGAAUAGUGGUCCAUCCAGUAGCUCCUUCAUGCAGAGCAAUGAGUACUCACAAUGCAAUAAAGCUUGGACAAGUAUGCAAAGAACAAGUGUGGGACAAGCCUGUACUCUAUCUGUCCCAAUGAAUGGAGGUCUGUCCAUCUCUUGCCCGCAACAAUCAUCCACAUUUCCAGCUACAAUCAGUAUGGGACAUGGCUUUUUGCCUUCCACACCCAAGAGUGACUCAGAGUUGCUAGUCAGACAGAUGACCAAGGAGAAGGCAGAGAACCCUGAGAUGCUGUGGGCAUGGGGAGAGCUCCCUCAGGCUGCCAAGCCCAUGUUCAAGCAGUCCAUCACAGAGCCCAUGGUGGUGACUCCAGCACUGAUCCCCAUGUCAAACAGCACACACUUUAGGGCUAUCACAGGAGAUGGGAUGGUGAAAAAAGUCAAGGAAAAACCUAAUGUACUCGGGGCUGAAGAGGUAGCAGCUUCAGCAUCUGUACUUGCUCCAUCUAAGGAAGUGGAAGUCAUCGGUGCAGCAGCUCGCUAUAUUGCCGAUCUGGAGGAUGAACAGAGUCCUGGGUUCCAGAUCCACAGUAAAACUGACUCUCCAUCAAAAAGGAAAGACAAAAGAAAUCAUCAUCUUGGAUCAGAUGGUGUGUAUCUGGAUGACCUUACAGAGUUGGAGCCUGAAGUAGCAGCACUCUAUUUUCCUAAGAAUGAUGGCACAGGGGUAGUUAGGGAUAGGACAGAGAUGAGGAGUGCCAGUCAGUCGCCUCAGUCAAUGGGAAGCAGUGGCAUGGAUAGCGGAGUGGACAGCUUUUCUGAUCAGUCAGGAGAGAUGCCCAAUAUUGCCAUUUCUCUUUGUGGAGGAUUGGCAGAGAACCGAGACAUCACUCAAGUGGAGUUUGAGGAAAAAGCAGUAUCUUAUCAGGAGUUUGCUAAUAAUCCAUCAAUUAUUGAUGACCCUGAUCUGGUUGUAAAGAUUGGAGUCAAGUAUUAUAACUGGAGUACAGCCGCUCCUCUUGUGCUGGCUAUGCAGGCUUUCCAGAAACCCUUGCCAAAGGCUGCAUUGGAGAACAUUGUGAAGGAGAAAAUGCCCAAGAAAGGCGGACGUUGGUGGUUCUCAUGGCGGGGAAGAAACAGCAGCUCUAAGUCGGAAUCUGCUGAAAGUAGGGAGCAGACACUAAGCAAUAGGUUAAAGGAUGAAUCAUCCUCGAGUGAUGAUGACAGCAGACCUGCUAAGCAGAAUUCAGCAUGUAGUCAGACAGAGCCUCUUCCCAGCUCCAGCAGUGUCUGCUACAAGAAGACUCUCCGCCUGUCCUCAGAAGAGCUGGCCAGUCUGCAGUUAAAAGAAGGUGCGAAUGAUGUGGUAUUCAGCGUCACAACUCAGUACCAGGGCACCUGUCGUUGUGAGGGCACCAUAUAUCUGUGGAACUGGGAUGAUAAGAUUGUCAUUUCAGAUAUUGAUGGCACAAUCACCAGGUCAGAUACCCUUGGACACAUUCUGCCAACACUGGGCAAAGACUGGACCCAUCAGGGUAUAGCCCGCCUCUACCACAAAGUUAGCCAGAAUGGCUAUAAGUUUAUGUAUUGCUCUGCACGAGCAAUUGGUAUGGCUGAUAUGACAAGAGGCUACUUGCAUUGGGUAAAUGAGAGAGGCACCAUGCUACCUCAGGGUCCUGUUCUCCUCAGCCCAAGCAGCCUGUUCUCUGCACUACACAGGGAGGUCAUUGAGAAAAAGCCAGAAAAAUUCAAAAUUGAGUGUCUGACUGACAUCAAGAACCUUUUCUAUCCAAACACAGAGCCUUUCUAUGCUGCUUUUGGAAACCGUGCAACUGACGUGUAUUCAUAUAAGGAGGUGGGAGUGCCGCUGAACAGGAUCUUCACUGUGAACCCUAAAGGAGAGCUCAUUCAAGAACAUGCUAAGACCAACAUAUCAUCAUACAGCCGUCUAUGUGAGGUGGUCGAUCACAUCUUUCCAUUGCUGAUUAGAGGCAAUACAUCUGACUUCCCAUGCUCAGACACCUACAGCCAGUUCACUUACUGGAGAGAGCAGCUACCAGAGCUAGACAAGCAUGAUCAGGAUGUGGAAAAGAGCUGAGGGGAUUGACAUGCAGCCACAGGUUUUCCCUUACUGAAAAAUAGCACAUUUCUAAUGCAACCUUGUCAUGUCUGUUCUCUCACACACAAAUAACAUAACCCUUUUUAGUAACAUUUGAUUUAUACUCAUAGUUCUAUUGGUAUCAACAUCAAUAGUUUCAAUGUCAAAUGUUUCAAUUAUUAAUUUUUAUGUUACAGUUACAGUAGCAAUUCUGUCAUUCUAUUAAAUCCAUUACUCAAGCAAUUGGGAUGUCAAUCUUAAAGCUGCAGUAUUGAAAUUUUGACUCUCCAUCACCAUCUCUGUUUGAAACAUAAAACUGCAAGUUACUUGUGGGGGUUUUUUUGUUUGUUGUUUUUUUUUUUUUGGGGGGGGGGGGGGGGGGGCACUGCUUCUCUGUGCGGAUGAAUCUGAUGAUCUGAGAUAUACAUAUGUGUUGUACAGUGGAGGAAGUGAGUAUUGAAUGCAUCAACAUUUUUUUCAGUAAAUAUAUUUCCAAUGAGAUUAUUCACAUUAAAUUUUCACCAGACUUUGGUGUUAACUCAAGAAAUCCACACUUAUAAUGAAAUCCGAUCAUUAAAGUCCAUAAAUGAAGUUAUGUGUAAUAAAGUGGAAUGACAGAAAAAAAGUAUUGAACACGCUAAGAAAAAUCAGUUCUUCAAGACAAGGUAAGGCAAGGGUUAGGGUUAACCAGCUGAAAUCAGAAAGUAAUUAUACCUCCCCUCUGUACAAAUUAAAAUCAGUUGGGUUAGUAAAUUGAUGGUCUAUAAAAAGGCUUUUCGUUAAUAUUGUGAAUUAUUUAUAUUUCCAGGUUUCUUGGGUUAAUACUGAUGUCUGGAGAAAAUUCAUGUGAAUAGCCUCAUUGGAAAUAUAUUUACUGAAAGAAAUGUUGACGCGUUCAAUACUUAUUUCUCCCACUGUAUAUUAGCUCCGAUACUUGCCAACAGAGGUGGUGGUGGAUACACAGUUUUCUUGCAGUAGAAGUGAGUUGCUCUCUCUCUCAUAGCUAGCAGAUAAUAAGUGCAAUUUACCAUAUUGGCCAUAGCAAAAAAAAAAAAAAAAAAAACCCACAAGGAAUCACAAUAUCUAGAUUAAUCAAGCUAAAAAGUGCGUUAAUUUUGCUAGCUACCUAUUGAGCCACUGAAAUAGCUUACCUGUUCAACAGAGAAAAAUCCCUCUCCGCGUUAGUAUUCAAUCUCUUCAGAUCUCUCACCUCCCACCUCUCGAAAGCCAUGGCGAUAUUUAUUCUCAUUUUAACACAGGCUCUAUCGCGUUCCAUUUUUUACUGCAGGCUCUCCUCAAUUCGAGGCUUCUUCAUUUUGACAACAGCUGAUUCUCCAGAUUUCAGAGAUGAUUGCGUUUAGAACCAUCCAGAUUAAAAGCAGCCAUCUAGAUGACGUUUAAAUUAUAAGCAAGUCUUGUAAGGACAAACUACAAACACGCCACCAUCCUCAGCCCACCAUACACGAUAUAGUAGCCGGUUCUUCUUCUUUCUGUUUAUGGACGUGAUGUAACCAUGCAAAUUUUGUCAAACUGGUGUUUCCUGCAAAAUCUGACCCGACAGCUCAAAUUGUAAAUCAUUAUAAGCUUAACGUUGCGAAUCUGGGUACGCCAAGGAGACAGUUUUGAACACUGAUUUUUUACAUACUUGCUCAAUAAUUGAUUUUUGUUCAUUUUUAACCAAAAAAAGUUCAAUAUUGCAGCUUUAAUUUGUGUUCUGUCAAAGCAUAUUGCCCAUAUUUUUACCUGUCUAGUGAAAAUUAAAACAUGUAUGACUUCCUUUAUCUCAAUGGCAAUAAGACUGAGCUCGCCACUGAAACUAUGUUUAACAAAUCUAAACUCAUAGCCCUUCACAUUGGCUAUUUUUGUUUUAUAUGCAACUUUGUCUCACCUACACCCUCUGAUCCUCUACUCAUGUCUGAUAUUAUUAGAAUAGAUUUGACUUCAUGUGAGGAAAAUGGGUUAUACAUCUUGUAAAACUGUAAAAUUUAAGUAACAAAUGUGAAGUAACAUUUUGUACUGAUAUUAAUGACUUACAUAAAGAGGAUGCUGGAAUCUGUGGUACUCUCUCAGGUUUAACACCAUUUAUAUUUAGUUCAGUAAUUACAGUAUAUCACAAACAUUAUAAAUGCAACACUUGUGCCUGAUUGAAACUGUUCAGAAACAAAUAUAAAGUAAAUUUUAGUCCACAUUAUAAUUAUGCAUUAUGUUUUGUCCUCUUGUUUUUACUGAAUAUAGAAUAUCAAAUAUGUCAUGUUUCAGAAUAUCAAAUUUACAAAAGUAUUUGCAAGUAAUAUUGUACUUAGCAUUCCUUUAUGUGUGUCUGUAUUCUUUUUCAAGUUUUCCAUCCCCUAACUCAACAAAUCUAAUCGACAAACCUGCAGGAACCUCAGGAUAACUCAGGGCCACAAAGUUUCCCUAACUUUUUUUUUCUAGUCACAUGUGAAGUAUCUGCUGGCAUGGCAGUGCAGUGGAUAGCAUUGCUGCCUCACAGUUCCAGGGUCCCUGGUUUGAGCCUGUGGUCAGGUUACUAACUGCAUGGAGUUUCUGUGCAUGUUCUCCCUGUGUUCAUGUGGGUUACUCUGGGUUCUGAAGUUUCCUCCCACCUGGUAUGGCUGGUAUGGUAUGGCUACAGUAAAUUGCCCUAAGUGUGAAUGUGUCUGCAUAGUGCCCUGCAUCGGAUUGGUGUCCCCUUUAAGGUGCUCUGAAUCCACAACAACUCUGACCAGGUUAAAGUGGUUACUAAAAUGAAUGAAUGUAAAGAUUCUUCAAAUUGAUCAGGCUGUCAAAUCCACUUAAGCAUUUUACAUGUGAAAAAUGAAGAUGUUAUCAUUUUUGAUUGGAGAAAUUAGUGUUUUGUCAGCAAUGUGUGGCCCUAACAUGUGAUUGUGUGUUUUAAAAGUGUUAAAUAGUACAAUAUUGUUCAUGUGGGUUAAAUAAGGAAAUACGGAUUUUUUGUGGUAGGCACUGUCUCAGAAAGUGUAUUGCUCUAAUACUAUGCUGCUAAAUUUAGUGCACAUGGAAUUAUUAUUUCUGUUAUACCUGUUAUUAUGGUUGUCCAUACAUAACAUACUGUAUGUGUUUAAUUGAACAAGAGAUAUUGUAAAUUAACAACUGAACCCCCACCCCACCUCAAAAUGUCUGCAAGUAAUGAAAAGUUCUUGUAAUUUUCUUUCAUGACAGAAAAAUAAUUUUAUUUUGUCUGCAUGGUGUUGCACAAUGUUAAGAUGUUAAUUUAACAGAUUUUGAGGGGCAAAGAUUUUUAAUUGAGUCAGAAGAUUAAAUAUAUUAUUUUUAUCAUGUUAGUAGACCACCAAAAACAUUUUACUGAAGGAUGAAACUUAAAACUGUAAGUGCCAUCUACGUCAGAGUAUUUUCUUUUGAUUAGGUUUCUGUUCAUUUCAGUUACAAAACUGGAUUCAGAUAACGUAUCCUUAAACAGUGAUCAGACUCUGGCUAUUGGCAUUUAAUGUAAAACUGUAUUAGUUUGUAUGUCUUCAAUCUGUGUCAAUUUAAUAUUCUUUCUGUGAAAGAUCACCAAAGUUGUGGCUAGUGGGUUCUGUUCGGAUUUAUUCUGAACAAGAUGUAAAUUAUGUGAAUACAAAGGCAAAUAUGGAUCUGUAUAUUAAAAUCUGAUUGUUACACAAA